AUGGAUACAGAUGAAAUACAGUUCCAAGUUGUGUUCUUCAUAAUGUGGUGUCAGCACAAAAGCAGACGUGGUUGCCAAGAGGGAAUCACAGAAAUACAGAAAGAUCCAUCGGAUCACGUGCUAUCUGAUAAAUGUGACUGGGUUGGGAGCACAGUCUUUUUCAGAUGCAGAAAAGGUUAUCAUAUUCAGGGUUCUACCACCCGUUCUUGUCUUGCUAACUUAACUUGGAGUGGCAUACAGUCUGAAUGCAUUCCUCAUGCAUGCAGGCAGCCAGAGACGCCGGCACACGUAGAUGUGAAAGCAAUAGAUCUUCCUACUUUAGGGUAUACUUUGGUGUAUACCUGUCAGCCAGGAUUUUUUCUUGCUGGUGGAUCAGAGCAUCGGACAUGUAAGCCAGAUAUGAAAUGGACAGGAAAAUCACCUAUUUGUAAAAUUCCCUCAGAUGUGUUUUUUAUAAAUUCACUGUGGAAAGGGUUUUAUGAAUAUUUAGGAAAAAGACAACCUGCUACUCUGACUGUCGAUUGGUUCAAUACAACAAGCAGCAAAGUGAAUGCCACUUUCAUUGAGGCAUCCAACAUACAACUCAAACUAUCAGGUGUUUACAAGAAAGAAGAAGCCCAUUUGCUCUUAAAAGUUUUUCAGAUUAAGGGACCUAGUGACAUUUUUGUAAGCAAGUUUGAAAAUGACAACUGGGCACUCGAUGGUUAUGUAUCAUCAGGGCUUGAAAGAGGAGUUUUUACAUAUCAAGGUGAUAUACAUGGAAAAGACUUUGGAAAAUUUAUGCUCCAAAGACAAG